GCUUCUCAUUGUCUUUCCCAGCUGCGAGGAAGGUGGUGGAAAACAGCUCUUCCAGCAGCCAAAGCAGCCACUUGGGGGUGGCGGGAGAUGGAACUGUGGAAGCAGUGUGCCCAAUGGCUCAUCCAGUGCCGGGUGUUGCCACCCAACCACAGAGUGACUUCGGAGGGGGCCCAGGUCUGUGAUUUGGCCCAGGCCUUGCGCGACGGUGUCCUCCUCUGCCAGCUUCUCAACAACCUCAUGCCUCAAGCCGUCAACCUUCGGGAAAUCAAUUUGCGCCCCCAAAUGUCCCAGUUCCUGUGCCUAAAGAAUAUCCGAACCUUCCUUGCUACCUGCUGUGAGAAGUUUGGUCUACGGAAAAGUGAUCUUUUUGAGGUUUUUGAUUUGUUCGACGUAAAAGAUUUUGCAAAGGUAAUUGAUGCUUUAUCAAUACUCUCAUGGACACAAGUUGCCCAAAAGAAAGGAUUCAUGCCAUUUCCCACAGAAGAGAGCAUUGCAGAUGAUGACAUCUACAGUGGUUUAUCAGAUCAAAUUGAUGACACUAUGGAGGAAGAUGAUGACCUUUAUGAUUGUGUUGAGAAUGAGGAAGAGGAAGGGGAUGAGAUCUACCAGGACCUGAUGAGAUCAGAGCCAAGUGUCACGCCACGAAUGACUGAACUCGAUAAGAGGAAAUGCUGCCUUCAGGAGAUCCAACAAACAGAAGAAAAAUACACAAGCACACUAGAAUCUAUUCACCAGCAUUUUAUGAAACCACUGCAAUUGUUCUUGCAACCUCAGGACCUUGAGAAUAUUUUUAUUAAUAUUGAGGAACUUUUGAAAGUUCAUCGGUGCUUUCUAGUGGAGCUGAAGAAUGCUUUGUCUUUUAGCCACUCUCAGAAUCUCUACCAAGUGUUUAUUAAGUACAAAGAACGAUUCUUGCUCUAUGGUCGCUACUGCAGUCAGAUAGAAGCAGCUACUAAAUACCUGGACCAAGUAUCGAAUAUUAGUGUGGAUGUGCGCAUGAAACUAGAGGAAUGUUCCCAACGGGCCAAUAACGGCCGGUUCAGCCUGCGCGAUCUCCUUAUGGUACCCAUGCAGCGGGUCUUGAAAUAUCAUCUCCUCCUUCAGGAGCUGAUCAAAUACACACUAGACCCAACUGAAAAGGAAAACCUGAGACAAGCGCUAGAUGCCAUGAGGGAUCUGGCUCAAUGUGUGAAUGAGGUCAAACGAGACAAUGAAACACUGAAACAAAUAACUAAUUUCCAACUUUCCAUAGAGAAUCUGUCACAAUCCCUGGCUCACUUUGGGAGGCCGAAAAUUGAUGGAGAGCUGAAGAUUAUUGCUGGAGAGAAGCGCUCCAAAUUAGACAGAUAUGGUUUUCUCCUGGAUAAAGCUCUGCUAAUCUGCAAGCGAAAAGGGGAUUCAUAUGAAAUGAAGUUAUUUGUUGAUCUGUGCAACUACCAAGUCCGAGAUGAUUCUUCUGCAGAAAAGGACAACAAGAAGUGGACUCAUAUGUUUGUUCUAAUUGAGCUUAAUGGAUUCUCGGGCUAUGAAUUGUACUUCAAGACGCGAGAGUUGAAAAAGAAGUGGAUGGAACAAUUUGAAAUGGCUCUCUCCAAUAUCUAUCCUGAAAAUGCCAAGGCCAAUAGACACGAAUUCUACAUGUAUUCGUUUGAAGAUACCACCUCAUGCAAAGCCUGCCAGAUGCUGCUGAGAGGAACCUUCUAUCAGGGCUAUCGUUGCAGCAAAUGCAGGUCACCUGCUCAUAAGGAAUGUCUUGGCCGGGUGUCACCAUGUGGAAAGUCCAGUUCAGGUGACUCUGGAUUUACUGUAAAAAAGAAUAAAUCCAACAGACACACAAUGGAAAGAGACAAAACAGAUCUAGGGUUGCCCAAACUGGAAGUCUGCCAGGAGUAUUAUGGUGUCCCUCCUCCACCAGUAGCAUUUGGUCCACCUCUGAAGCUCAGUGUAGGGGACAUUGUGGAACUGAACAAAGCUGAAGCAGAGCAGCUGUGGUGGCAGGGAAGGAACACAUCAAGCAAUGAAGUUGGCUGGUUCCCCUGUAGGAAAGUGAAGCCUUACAUCUCUAGUCCUCGUCCAGAUCUCUCAGUUUAUCUUUGGUAUGCGGGACCCAUGGAGCGGGCAGAAGCAGAACAAAUCCUUGCCAGCCGGUCAGAUGGAACUUACCUAGUGCGACAGAGAAUCAAAGAUGCAACUGAAUUUGCCAUCAGUAUCAAGUUCAAUGCUGAAGUCAAGCACAUUAAAAUCCAGACCAAGGAGGAGCUGUAUCGCAUUACAGAGAAGAAAGCCUUCAAAGGACUUGUAGAGUUGGUGGAGUUCUACCAAGAAAAUUCCUUGAAGGAUUGUUUUAAGACUCUUGAUACGGUUCUGCAGUUUUCUUUCAAAGAGCCAGAAAGUAAAAUAGGAUCCAAGCCACCUGGGAAAAGUCUCAAGUACUUUGGCUCAGCCAAGGCUCGCUAUAAUUUCUGUGCACGAGAUCGGACUGAAUUGUCCUUGUCAGAGGGAGACAUCAUAAAGAUUCUCAAUAAGAAAGGACAGCCAGGAUGGUGGAAAGGAGAGAUCUAUGGUCGAAUUGGCUGGUUCCCAGCAAAUUAUGUAGAAGAGGAUUAUUCAGAAUAUUGCUGAGAUCACCACAUUCAGUGCAGCAUCUUUUCUCAUGUGCAAAAACUAUUAUUUAUGAACUUUUUUUUCCUCCUGCCUUUUCAUCACCCAUCAGAUUCAUCACCCACCAGAUCCUGCCUACCACCACCACCCCAUUACAUGUUCUUGUCUAAUAAACUGGAUACUGUAGAAAUAACAUCCUGGUAAAGUGUGUGUCUAUGCCUGUUCUAAAGAGAAAAGAACAUUGUAAGAAUUCACAAUACAGAAACUAUUUCCUUUAAAAUCUCAAAAUUACUCAUAAGAACAAGUAGGUUCCUUUUGGAUAUCUAUAGCAACUGCAUACUCCAGCAUGUAAUUCU